AUGGUGGCUACAGAGAUGCCUAGAGGGUCAACUAGUCGAGAGGAUAGUGUUAUGGACGACUAUGUGGAAAAAAACCGGUUUCAAAGGCUUUCAAACGAGUAUUUGAAGCCUAAUAUUGGUCUGAUCUAUCUGCUGACAGCGAACUUAUUCAAUAGUGCGAUGGUGGUUUCUACAAAGCUGUUGGAGACUGACCAGACUUUGGAAGAGCCCAUCACACCGCUCCAGAUCUUGGUGGUACGCAUGUUCAUCACAUAUGUGGGUACUGUGAUCUACAUGUACUGGAAUCGAUCGAAGAUCGAGCAUGUUCCAUGGGGUCCGCCGGAAAUGCGCAAAUGGUUCAUUCUUCGCGGCUGCACCGGUUUUUUCGGAGUCUUUGGAAUGUACUACUCGCUGAUGUACUUAUCGGUGCCCGAUGCCACGGUGAUCACUUUCCUCGGGCCUUCCAUAACAGGGGUGUUGGCCUGGAUGGUUCUACACGAAAGAUACACCAAAGUAGAAGCAAUUGGCGCACUGGUAUCGCUCCUUGGUGUUGUAAUGAUCGUUCGUCCGUCUUUCUUGCUCGGCAGCUCGACCCCUGAAAAAACCAGUGAUGUGGUAGAAUCUAACGACCCGCAGGAACGGCUCGUUGCCACAUUGAUUGCACUUCUCGGAGUUCUUGGCUCUGCCAACGUCUACAUUAUCAUUCGAUACAUUGGAAACAGGGCACACGCGAUUAUGACCGUGUCAUAUUUCGCUCUUAUUUGUUGUAUCGUUUCUUUCGUUGGGAUUUGCACCAUUCCGUGGAUGACUUUCCAGGUUCCACAAACUGGAAGACAAUGGUUGUUGUUUUCAAUCAUAGGGCUUUCGGGCUUCUUCAUGCAACUGCUGCUAACCAUGGGUAUUCAAAGGGAACGUGCAGGCAGAGGAGCCUUCAUGUCGUAUUCACAAGUGAUCUACGCGCUGAUUUGGGACCUCUUGAUUUGGGACCAUUUGCCAGGCUUCUGGUCCUGGGCUGGGAUGUUUAUCAUCAUAGGCAGCGCCGUGUGCGUUAUCAAAUACAAGCCCCGGACUGAGAUAGUUGUUGCUGUAGAUCAGGAAACAAGCCAAGCUAUCCAAAUGCAGGAGUUCGAGGAUGACGACGACGAGGACGAUCAGAAAUGGGACAUUUAG